AAAUUUGAUGCUUUUUAAAUAUAUAAUAACGAAGAAGUAAAACAUUUUAUUCGGUGGUGCUCUCUCCGAUGACCGCACUUCUCCUAAUUCGCAGGGCGGGCGAUCCUUCUCCACCUCUAUCCCGUUCCGAGCAUGAUGACAUCGACAGCGCCGACCGCCGUAUCCGUCGGCGCCUCAGCCCCCGGCUAUCCGAAUUCCGUCGACUCUUCUCCGCGCUCCCGCCGCGGUGACUCCUUGAACGAGCCUCUCGCUUCGUCCGCCGCGGCGGCCUCGUCGCGCCUCCGCGUCAUGUGCAGCUACGGUGGCCGCAUCGUCCCCCGCCCCGCCGACAAGUCGCUCUGCUACCUUGGCGGCGAGACCCGCAUGGUCACCGUCGACCGCGGCUCCUCCUUCGCCGACCUCUCCUCCAAGCUGUCCCGCGACCUCCUCGGUGGCCGGCCCUUCUCCCUCAAGUACCAGCUCCCUAACGAGGACCUCGACGCCCUCAUCUCCGUCACCACCGACGAGGACCUCGAGAACAUGAUCGAAGAGCUCGAUCGCAUCUCCGCUGCCACCGCGGCUCCGACCUCCCCCGGAGGCGGUAGAUCGAGGCGCUCUCGCCGCCCCCGGCUGUUCUUGUUCCCUUCGAACCCGGAGUCGGCUCCUUCGUCCUUCAUGGGGUCAUUGUUGGACGAGUCGAAGUCGGAGACGUGGUUCGUGGACGCCCUAAAUACCGCGAUCGGCGGGAUGGGCAUCGACGGUCUCCCCUGCGGUCGUUCCACCGACUCCGCCUCCGUCGUCUGCCUCCUCGGCCUCGAGGACGACUCUUCCGUCCACAACCGCAGCGGCGGUGGCCAACAGCCGGAGUCCGUGCAGGUCGUCCUCCCCCACCGCGACUCCUCAGGCACGCUCGUCCGCCAUGGCCAGAACCUCAACUCCGUCCCCGGUUCGCCGAUGCUCGAUAAAUCUCCAUCCUUGGGAUCCAACUCGUCGACUCCAUCCCUCUCCAAUCUCCCAUCCAUCCUUGUUACCACCGCCGAUCCCCAUGCCGAUCACCACAUCAAUGGUGUGGACGAUCACUUCGCCCACAUGAAUCCCUCAACCGACAAAGAGCCAUUGCAUGCCGUCCGCCACCAGCCCCCUCCGCCCCUUCCUCUCCCAAUCGCUUCUGUUCCCACUCCCACCAUCUACCCAACGAGUAGAGACUUCGACGACGACGACGACAGGUCCAACCACGGUGGUAGCGUCCUUGAGCCGCCGCAACCUACAAAACCUGGUGAUCCAGUGUCAAGGCUGACGUACCUGAAUGCAAUCUCGGAUCCCAAGGUCUCCUUUGAUCCUACCUAUCGUGUUCCGGUGCCGGUCACGGGUUGUGUGUCGCCACCGACACAGGCAGAGCAUACACUGCAGCACCAACAGUCUCAGCCACAGUUCAUCCCGCCAAAUGCCCGUUACAUCCACCACCCAGCGGUCGGGACCGUCCUCCCCGUUCCUUCCUACUACCCUAUCGCAGCCCCUCCGGUGCAGCAGCCAACACCGACCCAACCAUUCCAUCCCCAAUUUCGAAUGUGCUACGUGCCUUUAGCUGCAGCUCCGCCCAAUUUGGGGGAUCCCAGUUCUGUACCACCAUCAGCAAAGCUGGCUGUGGCAGUGCCUAGUGUUCCAACGAAGCCCGAGUUGCCGGUAAAUUCGUACAUGUCGGCACCUGCACCUGCACCUGCACCUGCACCUGCUUCGUUGCAGCCGCAGCUGAUCCGUGUAGCUAGCAAUCCUCACGCGGGAACAGGCUAUCAUGUGAUGCAGCAGCAAGCCCUCCUGCCUCGGACAUCAGCAACAUCGGUUACUUACGGUGCUGAAGUCGCCGCCGCACCCGGCCAUCCGGCGCUCUACCACGCUCGGGCCUUUUCGAGACCGGUAGUGAUCCCUCAGCAGUAUCAGACAGUGUGUUCCACGGCUGUGACUCGUCAUGCCGCAGCUCCUGGAGAUUCCAACACAUCCGGAGCAUCAUGAUCACGAAUCAGAACCUUGAUUAAAAGAAAGGAUUCUUUGUUUUUUUGAAUGGAGGGAAGGGGGUGUCUUGAUCUGCUGCUGCUUAUGUUGUCAAGCGCUUUAGUCUGUCUAUUGAGAUAGCAACAAAGGGAAUAGGUUUGCAGUCGAGGGUUUCAGGAUCCAUCCCUCGACUGCUGCUGGGGCCAUAUUCCUCAUGUUGAUAUAUCGUGGUAUUAUAAUAAAGUUAAGUCAUUCCUUGAAA